AGGAAAAUGCUUUAUGGUUUGUCCAACUCUGAGGACGUGUCACUGGUCUCUGCAGAGUGACAGCUCAGAAUCCAAGUGUCAUAACAAAAGGAAAGAAAAAUGAAAAUAUAUAUGUGCAGAGAGACAGAACGAUGGUGAUUGUAUUUGUGUGUACGUUUUGACAAUACUUGAGAAACAGAAAAUGACUCAUCAACAUUUUCAUUAGUCUUAUUAGCCUAAUUCCAAAAACCCCAUCUUGAAUCUUCAAUCAAAAUUUGAACUUGAGACUCAGAACUUUAAUGGGUUUGCAAAAAAGUUAAGUUUGAGUUAUCAGAAAAUAGUAAAGGUGACGAUGGUGGAGAUUAGGAGAUCCUUUUAUAUAACCUUUAUCUUUACGUGACUGAACAAAAGAGGAGAAGACCCACAUUAAUAUAUAACUAAAAUAUUUCAAAAACAACAUAUAUUCUUUGGUUCACUAAGAGCUUGAGAGAAAAGGCUUUUUCAUAAAAGGGUUGGAUUGGAGAGAGAUUUUCACUGCAGAGCCUGAGUCUGAGCCUGUCUUCAACUUGUAAAAGAGGAAGAAGAGAAGUGAGGACUUAGAAGAGAAAAAAAAAAAGCAUCAACCAAACAUGGCAGGUGGAGGUGGAGGAGCUGCACCACCCCCAAAACAGGAGGAGCUUCAGCCUCAUCCAGUCAAAGAUCAGUUACCAAAUAUCUCAUAUUGCAUUACCAGUCCUCCUCCAUGGCCUGAAGCUAUCUUACUUGGUUUCCAACAUUACUUGGUAAUGCUUGGCACAACGGUUCUCAUUCCUGCUUCUUUGGUACCCCAAAUGGGAGGUGGAAAUGAAGAGAAAGCAAAGAUGAUCCAAACAAUACUUUUUGUUGCUGGUUUAAACACUUUGUUUCAAACAUUGUUUGGAACUCGUUUACCUGCUGUCAUUGGAGCUUCUUAUAGCUAUGUGCCAACAACCAUUUCGAUUAUCUUAGCUGGCCGAUACAGUGACAUAGUGAACCCUCAGGAGAAAUUCGAAAGGAUAAUGCGUGGUACUCAGGGCGCUCUCAUUGUCGCCUCAACUCUCCAGAUUGUUGUCGGUUUCAGUGGCCUUUGGCGUAAUGUGGCAAGGUUCUUGAGUCCGUUGUCAGCUGUUCCAUUGGUAGCUCUAUCAGGCUUCGGUUUAUACGAGUUUGGUUUUCCUGUGCUUGCAAAAUGUGUGGAGAUCGGGCUGCCUCAACUCAUCCUUCUACUGUUAUUUUCACAAUACAUACCACAUAUGAUACGAGGCGAGAGACCUGUGUUUGAUCGGUUCGCUGUUAUUUUUUCUGUGGCAAUUGUUUGGGUUUAUGCUCAUCUACUCACUGUGGGCGGAGCAUAUAAGAACGCAGGACCUAAAACUCAAAUUACCUGUCGAACUGAUCGUUCUGGCAUUAUCGGUGCUGCCCCGUGGAUAAGAGUUCCAUAUCCCUUUCAAUGGGGAGCCCCAACUUUCGAUGCAGGAGAAGCUUUUGCUAUGAUGGCUGCUUCAUUUGUUGCACUAGUAGAGUCCACUGGUGUAUUCAUUGCCGUGUCAAGGUAUGCUAGCGCGACACCAUUGCCACCUUCUAUACUUAGCCGUGGAAUCGGUUGGCAGGGGGUUGGCAUUCUCUUCUCGGGUAUUUUUGGAACUGGAAAUGGCCCAUCGGUAUCAGUUGAAAAUGCCGGUCUAUUAGCAUUGACACGAGUUGGUAGCCGAAGAGUUGUUCAGAUUUCAGCUGGAUUCAUGAUCUUCUUUUCCAUACUCGGAAAAUUUGGAGCAGUCUUUGCCUCAAUUCCAGCACCUAUAAUUGCAGCAUUAUACUGUCUUUUCUUUGCCUAUGUCGGCUCUGCAGGUCUCAGCUUACUUCAAUUUUGCAAUCUAAACAGUUUCAGAACCAAAUUUAUUCUUGGUUUCUCAUUCUUCAUGGGCUUGUCAAUCCCCCAAUACUUCAACGAGUACACCGUGGUAAACGGUUAUGGUCCAGUCCACACCGGAGCAAGAUGGUUCAACGACAUGAUCAACGUGCCCUUCUCAUCCGAACCCUUUGUCGCGGGCGUUUUGGCAAUGUUCCUCGACGUCACCUUGCAUAAAAAAGACAAUGCAACAAGAAAAGACCGAGGAAUGCAUUGGUGGGACAGAUUCCGAUCAUUCAAAACCGACACAAGAAGUGAAGAGUUUUACUCAUUGCCUUUCAAUCUCAACAAGUUCUUCCCCUCGGUUUGAUAAAUCAUUUAAGUACGACGACAAAUGUAAGUUUUUCGAUGUCGUUUAGGACAUGUUCCUUCGAAUAUGUCACUCAUUUUGAGUCUCUUUGACACUGAAAUUGAAAAUGGUUCACAAAUCAUUUUGUCAACUCCCAGAGAAAAAUGUCAUUAGUACUUAGUAGUAUAAAGGAGAAUGGUUUUUGUUUUUUUUUAACACAUAGUUUUUUAAUAUUAUUAUUGCUUUAUUUUAUUUUUUGGUUUAAAUAUUAUAAAGUAAAAUACUUUGAGAUUGUUGUAUCAUCUUUGAGUCUUGACCAAUUGAUAUUUUAUUGCAUUGUAACAGCUUUUGCUUUUGGUUUGACUA